GCGCAGGAGGCGUGUUCACGGGACAGUCUCGCCCCGAGCCCCGGAGUGAGCCCCGGAGAGGAGCCGCUAGCCCCGCGGAGCCCAAAAACACACUCUUUUUACGGGAGAAAACAUGAGCCCAGCGCCGGGGCUUCUGUUCUGAAACGAGCCUCUGUGCGCACAGUGAGUCUUGGAUCUGUGGAGCCAUGUGCUCCGGGCCCCUGCUCUGAGGGCCCCAGCAUCAGGGCACCGGGCGGAGGAUGGCCGGAGAGCUGUACCCAGGCUCCAAGAAGCUGGUGCCCUCUGAGAGCAGCUCCACCCUCCAGACCUACACCCACAGCCUGAGCCCCAGCGUCAGCAGCACCAGCGCGGGCAGCACAGGGGGCAGCGCGGGAGGAGGCUCCAACUGGCAGGGUCUCUUCCCCACGAUAAGAGAGAGGAACUCGGUCAUGUUCAACAAUGAGAUGAUGGCCGAUGUGCAUUUUGUGGUGGGACCUCCAGGAGGAACACAGAGAGUCCCAGGACACAAGUAUGUUCUGGCAGUGGGCAGCUCUGUUUUCCACGCCAUGUUUUAUGGAGAACUGGCAGAAGACCAGGACGAGAUCCGAAUCCCCGAUGUGGAACCACCAUCUUUCCUUGCCAUGUUAAAGUACAUUUACUGUGAUGAGAUCGACCUUUGUGCCGACACAGUUUUGGCCACUCUUUAUGCGGCAAAGAAGUACAUAGUGCCUCACCUGGCGCGCGCCUGCGUGACCUUCCUGGAGACGAGCCUGAGUGCGAAGAACGCGUGUGUGUUGCUGUCGCAGAGCUGUCUGUUUGAGGAGCCGGAGCUGACGGAGCGCUGCUGGGAGGUCAUAGACGCUCAGGCUGAACUGGCUCUGCGCUCUGAAGGCUUCUGCGACAUAGACGCCGCUACGCUCGAGAGCAUCCUGCAGAGGGAGACACUCAACGCCAAAGAGAUGGUGGUGUUUGAGGCGGCACUGAGCUGGGCAGAAGCAGAGUGCGGGCGCCAGGAUUUGGAGCCCACCAUCGAGAACAAGAGGCAGGUCCUCGGCAAAGCCAUCUACCUGAUCCGCGUUCCCACCAUGGGCCUGGAGGACUUUGCCAACGGAGCGGCGCAGUCCGGCGUCCUCACGCUAACCGAGACAAACGACAUUUUCCUCUGGUACACGGCAGCUAACAAACCCGAGCUGCUGUUCUGCACCAAACCGCGCAAAGGUCUGGCGCCGCAGCGCUGCCACCGCUUCCAGUCCUGCGCCUACCGCAGUAACCAGUGGAGAUACAGGGGGCGCUGUGACAGCAUACAGUUUGCGGUGGAUAAGCGCGUGUUCAUCGCGGGCUUCGGUUUGUACGGCUCGAGCUGCGGCUCCGCCGAGUACAGCGCUCGAAUCGAGCUGAAAAGGCAGGGCGUCGCCAUGGCCCAUCGCCUCAUUAAGUACUUUUCUGACGGCUCCUCCAGCACCUUCCCCGUGUUCUUUGAGCACCCGGUCCAGAUAGAACCCGACACCUUCUACACAGCCAGCGUGAUCCUGGACGGAAACGAACUCAGCUACUUUGGACAGGAAGGUAUGACCGAGGUGCAGAGCGGGAGAGUCACCUUUCAAUUCCAAUGCUCCUCUGACUCCACCAAUGGAACUGGAGUGCAGGGAGGACAGAUCCCAGAGCUCAUCUUCUACGCCUGACCACCCCAGAGCUCAUCUUCUACACCUGACCAUCCUCUGCAUCUCGGAGGAGGAGGAGGAGGGGCCCGAGGAGGAGGAGGGGCCCGAGGAGGAGGAGGGGCCCGAGGAGGAGGAGGGGCCCGAGGAGGAGGAGUUUACUCUUUGGGCUUAUAUUUUUGUGAACUCUCAAGUUUAGAGACAUGUUUCCGUUUCAGACUAAACUUGUAAAACUGCGGUCGUGUUUGGAGCUGGUUCCUCAAGGAUCCUGAAGAACACAUGAACAGACUGAGAAUAACAUUUUGUAAUAUAAAUGUGACACCAUGAAUUGCUGAAAUAUAUUUUACACUUCCAUGGAAAUGUUUUUGUAAAACUCUGAGUUUGCGAAGAAGGCGGCACAUGGACAUGAGAUUCAUUUUCACCCUGUAAAACCCUGAAACUUGGACCUGGCCUCGGUCCUGGACUCGGUCCUGGACUUGGUCCUGGUUUAGACCUGGCCUCGGUCCUG